AUGAAUUAUCAGUAUCCUCAGGCGUUCCAUGAUGGGAGCCGAAUCCUUGCAGGGUCAUAUAUAAUCGAUUGCGGUACCGCACAGCUUGCUAGUCCGGAAUGCACUCCGCAGAAGGUCCAUAUCUAUCCUAUUCGAUGGAAUACUUCACCCCAGGGUAAUGGAUCUGGAGGUACCAUACGGGAAAUACGCAAGCAACCAGAUGAUGUUAACAUAACCUUCAACGCCAUGUCAGCUACAGGUGUAAGCUUAUCUCAACACGCAUUUUUCGCACGACUACAAUUCAAUCCUACCCCCAAGACAGGCGAGCCUCGCACACCAAGGUAUGACCUCGUCAAUGUCACGUUGCUCUAUGCUCCAUCGGGUACACCGACCUUCUCAACCAAUGGAAGCCACCUGUCUAUCAAUCAAGAGUCAAUCACAGUAGGGGAAGCACGAGGUAUCAGUAGUAUGGGCAAUCAAAUCAAUUAUGUUGGCUUUCCCGCCGAAUCAUGCAAUAUUGAUAUCUUGGGUGUGAGCUUGCAGACUAGUAAGGUUGUACGUGUGACUUGGGAUCCAGAAUACGUCGAUCCCAUCGACACAUCUCCAGAUGACAAGUGGGUAGCGAUCAUGGAUAGCACAACGUCUAAUCGAAUGAUGUUCCUGGCAGGCAUGCGAGGCAUUCCCCCGCUGGUCGAUGCUCUCAUUACGGGAGCGAUAUCUUCCAUUCGAAGUAAUGGAAAUCGCGGAUUCUUCCAGCCUUGGCUUGUUGAUCAAUACGGUGCCCGCUAUUACGAAGAUGGUUGA